UCUAUAUUUACUCCUCCACUUCAAAUAUCGGGAACAAGAAGGAGAAGAAGAAGUUAAUUCUCAAGCAAUACCAGAACUCUCUCACUGAAGAACAAUGGAAUGUUGUUCUAUCCAUAUAUCCUCUGCUCUCAACCUUCAGGGCUCUUCAUCACCAUUUGGUAGAAAAUUUUCGAACAAAUCUUUGCAUCCUUGGUUACUGUCCUCUCCACUUCCUAAACCGUUUCUUCAACUUAAUGACAGACCGCAGUUCUUUGUUUCCCGAAAAAGCUUAGCUUCACUCUCUUCAAGAACAAAGAGCGGGUCCAUAUCAGCAGAAGCUGUUAAGCAGAGUUGGGACUUUGGCAGAUUUUUGAAAACUUUAUACUUUUUCAAUGGACCCCCAUCUCCUGCUAAGUUCUUUGAAUUUCUGAUUGAGAAACUAUCCAGCCCAUCACCUAGUAAACCAGAAAAGGCCAUGGAUACUUCUGGUAUUAUCCUGGUAGCUGGAGCUACUGGUGGCGUGGGUAGAAGAGUAGUUGACAUCUUGCGGAAGAAAGGAUUUCCAGUCCGAGUAUUGGUCAGAAAUGAAGAGAAGGCGAGAAGGAUGUUGGGCCCAGAUAUUGACUUGAUUGUUGGAGACAUUACUAAGGAGAGUACUCUGGUCCCUGAGUAUUUCAAAGGAGUGAGGAAAGUUAUUAAUGCCGUCUCUGUCAUUGUCGGCCCAAAGGAAGGAGACACCCCUGACAGGGCAAAAUACAGCCAAGGAAUCAAGUUCUUUGAACCGGAGAUAAAAGGUGAUUCUCCUGAAAUGGUGGAAUACAUUGGGAUGAAAAAUUUAAUCAAUGCUGUAAAAGGGAGUGUUGGACUUCGAAAGGGAAAACUACUAUUUGGAUUUGAAGAUAAUAAUUCUAGAGAACUCGCUUGGGGUGCUCUAGAUGAUGUUGUAAUGGGAGGAGUUAGUGAAAGCACAUUUCAGAUUGACUUAACGGGCAGCGAAGUUGGUGGACCAACUGGGGUUUUCAAAGGCGUUGUUUCCACUGCAAACAAUGGUGGCUUUACUAGUAUCAGAACAAAGAAUUUCUCAGUCCCAGAGGAUGUUUCUGCAUAUGAUGGUUUGGAGCUUCACCUUAAAGGUGAUGGUCGCAGGUAUAAACUUAUCAUUCGCACUAGCCGCAAUUGGGACACUGUUGGUUAUACAGCAAGCUUCGACACAGUAGCAGGCCAAUGGCAGUCAAUACGCUUGCCAUUUUCUUCUUUGAGGCCUAUAUUUCGAGCGCGAACUGUAUCAGAUGCCCCACCCUUUGACCGAACCAGUGUUAUAUCAUUACAGCUCAUGUUCAGCAAGUUUGAGUAUGAUGGGAAAUUGAAUCCAACUUUUGCGGAAGGUGCAUUUCAGCUUCCAGUAUCAAGCAUUCAGACGUAUAUAAAGGAUCCUAUAUGUCCAAGGUUUGUACAUGUGAGUUCAGCAGGAGUUACACGACCUGAAAGGCCUGGACUUGAUCUGAGUAAACAACCUCCUGCUGUCCGCUUGAACAAGGAAUUGGGUUUUAUUCUCACAUUCAAGUUGAAGGGGGAGGAUUCAUUACGUGAAAGUGGAAUGCCAUAUGCAAUCGUUAGGCCAUGUGCAUUAACUGAGGAGCCUGCUGGAGCAGAUCUCAUUUUUGACCAGGGAGACAAUAUAACAGGUAAGAUAUCAAGGGAAGAGAUUGCUUGUAUAUGCGUUGCUGCUUUGGAUAGCACAUAUGCUUGUGAUAAGACUUUUGAGGUUAAAAGUGUGAUUCCAUUUAGUGAGCCUUUCACAGUGGACCCUGAAAACCCACCUCCAGAGAAGGACUACGAUGUAUACUUCAAAACUUUAAAAGAGAGCAUUACCGGGAAAGAAAUCCUGGAACAAAGUCCUGUUCCAGUCUGAUGCUGAAGCAAGCUGGUCUUACUUCUAAAAUAAUCCUGUACAAGGUGUAUACAUAAACGGAGCAGAGGUUUCUAAAGAAACAUAUAAGCAUGGAAA